CUCAAAGAACACACAAGAUUCUAUCGUGAAGUCCUCACCAAGCCCAUUAAUUAGCCAGCAUAUAAUUCCCACCUUGUUCCAAUCAAAAUCAAACCCAACAAAAUGUCUCAGCAACAGCAGCCAGUUGAGGGUUUUCCUAAUGAUAUGCCUGUUCAGCCUAAAAAUAGCCCAAUUAGUCAACCUUCUUCGCAUUCAAACGGAUCAUUUGGCACAGUUUUCAUUAUUCUUGCUGUUGUUUUGGUUAUAUCUGUUCUUUCUUGCUUAAUUGGACGCAUUUGCAACAAAAGAAGCCACGGUUUAGGUCAUCAUUACCCAUCAAAACAGAUAGAAGCUAAACAGGGCCACGACAUCCAUCCUAACCAAGGUCAUGACAUAGAAUUUGGUAUUGAUAAGAGAAUUCCAACAUCUAAAGUGGCUACAUCAAAUGGAGAUACAAAUACUCCCACCUAUUCUAUGCCAUCUGACAAUGGACAUCAAGGUAACCGAGGUGUGAGGUUCGCCGAAGAUCAUUAAACUUUACGUACCCCUGCUCCAUGAAAAUCAGAAAAGGUUCAUAAAGGAUGUCCAAUUGCUGACUGAUGCAAGUGAUAGCUAAUGCGAAUGGGGUUGUAUACAAAAACAUUUCCAGUUCAUCAACUAUUAGGAUAAUUAAGUUAUAUUUGGUUACACAAACAUAAUUACGCAUAGUUGGAUUAAAUUUUUAGAAUAAAAGUUAUGCGCGCGCACAUAUAGUUAGACCACUUUAUAGUGUUAUCUCGUUAUAACGGUAUUUCAUUAUAACGAUCUAAUUUUCAUUUUAAUUGAUUUUUCAUGUUAUAUUUAACUUCUCUAUAACGGUAAUGACGUUUAUUAUAACGGUACACUCUUUGUAAAAUUACUUCUUUAUGACAACAUACUCCAAUAUUAUGUAGGCAUAUCAGUACUAAAAAAAUGAGGAUUUCCGACCACAGAUUGUGGUCGGAAAAUAUUGACCA